UCGGGUGGACGGUCCCGACUGGCGUGAUGCUUCUCCUCUGCUCCCUCGGACUGCUUGUGGGCCGCCGCGCGCCGGCGACCUCGCGCGCCGGCUGCGUGCGCUGCGGCGAGGAGGACUCUCUCCAUCAGCUGAUGGCGGCACUCAGGGAUGAGGCAGCCAAGCGCGGGCGCGACUCAGAUUUGGGCAAGUUCGAAAAACUGCGCAAGCUCGGCCCGCAGGGCCAGACGUCGCCAAAGCAGGUCGUCGAGCACGUGGUGCUGCAGCUGGGCGCAGGCAACGACGAGGCGGCCUUUGCCUUCACGAGCCUGCCGCCGUGGCGGGCCGGCACGCAUCGAUCAAACACGGACUGGUCAAAGCGGAUGGACUGGGCAAAGAGCCGCGUCAUCAGCGGCCAGCCGUCCGGCGCGCUCGUCGAUGAGAGCAGCUUUGGGCAGCUCCUCUCCGAGCGGUUUGCCUUUCUGCGACAGACGCAGGCAUACCGGCUCGUGGGAGACGACUCGGAGUGGCAGCAGAAGCGGGGGAGGGAGAAGAUGACCGCCGUCAAGGAGUACGUGGUCGAGGUCGAGACGGCGGACGGCGAGGACCGACUCGUCAAGUUUGUCCUCGUCUACAACUGGCUCGUCCACUGCCACCUCAUCUCCAACGUCGCCGUGCUGUCAGCCAACACUGAGAGGUACUUCCCCGGCACCGGCUCGGACUUGUCGCAGCACGACAUUUAGGCGGGGAGGGCGCGGGAGGUGAGGCCUCGUGACUGGGAAGCCGGCUGAGCCCACGGACACGCGCGCCUCAUCGGGCAUGUGACUGGGAUACGUCUUCUAGUGUCGUGGAUUCCGUGCAUACGCGGCGCGCGCUGGGGGCCCUCGGCACUGACGCCCCCCCGGGCGCGACCGAGACCCUACGUAUCGUAAAGACGCCCCAUCAAUCCUU